UUUGAGAGUGAGAAGAUAGUAACCGGAACAAGUGUUUUAAACAUUUCUUAUAGAGUGGUUUGUGUCCCCAUGUCGACAAGAUCAGUUUCCAUGUGCUAUUGAGUAGUUUAUGGGUUCCCCACAGUCUUUAUUACAAUAAUAUUCACAAAUCUCUCACUCUCUCUCUCUCUUGCUUGCCACACCCAGAUUCUUAAUUGAACAUAACUCGAUUCCUUCCAUGAUUUUGUCUGCAGAUUAAGGAGUGAAACUUUGUACCCACUUCAAUUAAUUAAAACUCAAAAACCCAUCACUUCCAUCAAGCUUCCUAUAAUGGGUAUCUCUUUGGGCUUUGGGCUUUGUUGGGGGUUUGGUGUCACAAUCUCUUUUCUGCAAAUUAACAUGUGGGGUUUCCUGCUUUUGCCUCCUCAAAUGACAUCCGAGGCAUCCACCUGAAAAAUGGAAUCUGGGAGUAGAUUUUUCUCAGCUGAUGAGUUCAGAUUAGAUGCAAAAUGGUUGAUUGAUCCAAAACAUCUCUUUGUUGGACCAAGGAUUGGAGAGGGAGCCCAUGCUAAAGUGUACGAGGGCAAAUACAAAAACCAGACUGUUGCAGUUAAAAUUGUUCACAAUGGAGAAACUCCAGAGGAGAUCGCCAAGAGGGAAGCACGGUUUGCAAGAGAGGUUGCAAUGUUGUCUAGAGUUCAACAUAAAAACUUAGUGAAGUUCAUUGGUGCUUGUAAGGAACCGGUCAUGGUGAUAGUUACUGAGCUUUUAUUGGGAGGGACAUUGCGUAAAUACUUAUUGAACACGCGACCAAGGUGCUUGGACACACGAGUUGCUGUUGGUUUUGCACUUGAUAUUGCUCGUGCCAUGGAGUGCCUACACUCUCAUGGGAUUAUACACCGCGAUUUGAAACCUGAGAACUUACUCUUGACUGCAGACCACAAAACAGUUAAACUAGCAGAUUUUGGUUUAGCAAGAGAAGAGUCUUUGACAGAGAUGAUGACUGCUGAAACAGGGACAUAUCGUUGGAUGGCUCCAGAGUUGUACAGUACUGUUACUUUGAGGCAGGGAGAGAAGAAGCAUUACAACCAUAAAGUGGAUGCCUAUAGCUUUGCAAUUGUUUUGUGGGAGCUCUUACACAACAAAUUACCUUUUGAAGGCAUGUCAAAUCUCCAGGCAGCGUAUGCGGCUGCUUUUAAGAAUGUUAGGCCCAGUGCUGAAAACCUCCCAGAGGAAGUGGCUCUUAUUCUAACUUCUUGCUGGCAGGAGGACCCAAAUGCUCGGCCUAAUUUCAGCCAAAUAAUCCAAAUGCUACUUAAUUACCUUUACACCAUCUCUCCUCCUGAACCCGUGAUUCCUUCUCGGAUUUUUGCUUCUGAGAACACUGUCUUGCCACCGGAGUCUCCUGGUACAAGCUCAUUGAUGGCAGUGCGAGAUGAUUCAGAGGAGACACCAAAAGCAAAGAUGGAAAACAAGUCGAGAGGACUUUUCUUCUGCUUCAACCAGUGUUAUUAACCCCUGAACAGUCGAUGAGAAGAUUGACAACUUUGAUCUUCCUUUGGGGCAAGAAUGUCAGAAGGGGAAGCUUGGUAAAAUCAUAGUCCUAGUCCCGUUGAGUACAUUUGGUAACAUGGUAAAUGUUUAAGUUGAUUACAUCUUCAAUUCAAGUUCAGUUCUAAGAUGAAUA